AAUCUGUGUUUAUUUAUUUCUUUUAUUUCCUAGAAAAUAAUCCUGAAAAAUUUCUAAUAAUUCCUACAGUACCUAUUUAAUAUUUAUAAGUAAUUGUCGAUACUCUAAGUGAAAAAUACAUACAUAGUUCUAAAAGUGUUCUAAAAAAUAUUUCGUUCUUUGUUUUGAUUCAGAAUCUAGUUCAAAACUAUGUAUACCUAUUGUUAAAUACAUUUUUGUUAAGUGCAGUGCGAGGUUGCUUUUUUCGCGGCUUAAAUCCAUAAAAUAGAUUCUAUCCUACUUACCGGUCAACAAUCAAAAUGGAACAAUAUCUCGUUUGUCGUGGGUGCCUGGCAGUGCACGAGGAGUCUCAAUAUGUUCUCAGCACCAAAACUGAAGAGUCUUACGAGAGUCUACUUGGAAUACCAUUAACACCGCUGAACGGGUUCCCGGAAUACUUGUGCGUGUUCUGUCACCGCACCCUGCACAGGUUCGCCGCGUUCAAAGCCAGGUGCCUCCAAGUGGUGGACGUGCUUCUCAGUGCGCAGACGCAAGGCGGAUUGAUAACCAAAGACUAUGUACAGUCUUUAUCGUCGCAUCAUCCAGAGCUUAGUCAUCGCUUUGGUGAAACUAAAACCCUCACUUUAGACAUUAACUCAGAAACAAUACAAGUUUUCAAACACGAACCAAAAGAUAUGUCUAAAAUCUUGUUUAAGAUCGACAAGGUGGAACCGAGCGACGAGUACAUAGUUCUAGAAGAUGACAUAUUAGACGAAGAGUUAUUGAAAGAUGAUUUGUUGGAAGUGAAGCACAGAACUCACGAAGUGUACAUUAAAGAUUUGAAGCCAGCUAACAGAAGAAUUAAACACUCGAAACCGAAAAAUCCUCUUCGGUCGGGCAAAAAGAAGAAAGUGGCAAGAAGUGAUAGUCAAAUUGUGACAGAGUAUGCCUUAUCUGCUGGCUUCGAUGUAAGAUUCCUCUCUCACGCCGAACAGGUGAGGGAAGUGGAAGAAAAGAAGAGUGUUAAUUCAACAUUUAAUUGUAAACUAUGCGGCAAACCAUUCAGAGAUCCAGAAGCUUUGCGCAGACAUACUAAGAAGUAUCACGUUCUGAAACCUGACAGUUUCAUGUGUGAUAUAUGCUCAUGCGUUUUUGCCACCAAAAGGGGUAUAAGAGUGCACGUGACGGGUCAUAGUUGGGUGUUCACGUGUAAAACAUGCGGUUUUAAAACUAAACAGCGGCCUGUUUUGAGAAGACACCAGUUUUACCACAUUGGAAAGACAUUCCAGUGUCAAUAUUGUGAUAGAGUGUUUGAUAAGCAUGCGACUUAUUUCUCUCACGUGCGUUUCUUGCAUGCCAAUAUGCUGCCGUUUUGUGAAUACUGCGGUGAGUUCUUUAACAGUGCGAAAGGUGUUGAUGCUCACAUGAAGAUGAGUCAUGAUGUUUUAGAGGAAUUCCCAAUUGUGUGCCCGAGUUGUGAUGGAAGAUUUGAGAGUGUUACAGCUUUGGAUCGGCAUGUGAAGGUUAAAGGCUGCGGCGGCGCCAACUGCCCGCGCUGCGGCGACACGUUCCCGGGCGCGCCGCAGCUGAAGCGGCACGCGGUGCACGCGCACGCGGCGGGCGGCCGGGCGGCGCGCGCGCACGGCCUGUUCACUUGCUGCGAGUGCAGUAAGCCGUUCACGAACGCGAUGUACCUGAAGCGGCACUACGCGGCCGCGCACAGCGGCCGCCAGCCGGCGCCGCGCGGCCGCCCCGCGCGCUCGCUAGAUAAGACAAAAUACAAAUUGCCGACGCAGCUCCCCACCCGCAAGUGGUCGCUGGUGGGGUCAGGCGACGUCACCAUUGGAAUUCUGGAAGACGUUAAGGAGAAACAGACAGACGAACAUACACCCAACCGGGUCAUGUGUGAAGUCUGCGGGAAGUAUGUUAAGACACCCUCGGAGCUCAAAUACCACCAGCAGACUCAUCACUCGUCUGUCAAUAACUUCGUCUGUUCGCACUGCGACAAGGGGUUCAAGAGGAAGGAUCUUCUGCAGAGUCACGAGCGCGUUCACACGGGCGAGCGGCCGUACCCGUGCGAGCAGUGCGGGAAGGCGUUCAAGACCUACGCUGCGCGGAGGAGGCACUUGUUGGUGCAUACAGGUGAGCGUAGACACGUGUGCUCUCUCUGCAACAAGAGGUUCCAGCUCUCCAGCAGCGUGAAGUGGCACAUCAAGACUGCGCAUCUGAAUUUGCCGUGGCCGCAACGAAAAAAGGAACGGAAAAAAAAAGACGCGACGAAAAGUUUUGAAUAA